UGGAUGAUAGGUAUAUAGGUUUGUUCGAAGUCCUCCCUUCAUAGUCAUCAUCAACUCAUUCACUUCAAAGCAUCUCUUAAGUUUUCCGUUUUGCUUGCGUCUCUCUUCACCAUGCAUUUCCUUCUACCAACGAUUGCAGCUCUCGUUGCUGUUUCGUCUAGUCUUCCUACUACUUCCACCAACAGUCAUGUUGUUCAUGAAAAGCGAAAUUCAGUGCCUGCCAAAUGGGCAAAAAGGUCAAGGAUGAACCCUUCGACUCGUCUUCCUUUUCGCGUUGGUUUGAAGCAAAACAACUGGCACCGAGGACCUGAGUUCCUUGACUCCGUCUCCAACCCGUUGUCCAAGAAUUACGGCAAACAUUGGUCGAUCGAAGAGGUCACUCAGACUUUCGCUCCCAGUGAGGAGAGCCGAGACACAGUCCUGCAGUGGCUGACUCACCAUGGCAUUCCUUCCUCCUCUGUGAAGGUUGGGGGAGCUCUUCACACUCUCGAGUUUGAUCUGUCAAUCGAGGAUGCUGAAGAGCUCCUCAAGACGGAGUACUUUGUCUACGAGCACGAUGAAUCUGGUCGCAACCACGUUGCUUGCGAAGAAUACAGCGUUCCAGAACACGUCAGCAAGCACAUUAACAUCAUCACUCCCACUCUUCACUUCGACGUCAAGUCUAAGCGAGACAUCUCCCGCGCUCCUUACCACGAGCCAUUCGGAGACACGCACAAACCUUUCUCCAAGGACGACAACACCACCACGCUUCAAGACUGCUUCAAUAUGAUCACUCCAUCAUGCCUUAAAGCACUCUACAACAUUCCUGAGCCCUCCGAGGAGCCGUGCGAAGAGAACAGCUUCGGCAUCGUGGAAUAUAACUCAGAUACCUAUAUCGCGGAAGAUCUCGAUAGAUUCUUUAAAAACUACACCCCGAAGGCUGUUGGCGCUCGGCCCGAAUUCGUCUCAAUCCUCGGAGGGAAGCUUGAUACAUCCAACCCUAGCGACUUCAACACUCAUGGUGAGUCUAAUCUGGACAUCCAGUACGCUAUGGCCAUGACCUACCCUCAAAACAUCACUUUGUACGAGGUCGGCAACGAUUCUACGGAUGAUGCGGGCAAUGUCAACUUCAUGAAGACGAAGGUUGUCUCGGUGUCAUGGGGCCAGAAUGAGAACGAACUCACGCCAGCUUACAUGGAGACUGUUUGCAACGAAUACAUGAAACUCGGCCUCCAAGGUGUCUCUGUCAUCUACUCUUCUGGCGACGACGGUGUUGCUGGCGGUAGCGGCGAGUGCAUGGACGACCGCUUCGCUCCCGACUUCCCAGCCACAUGCCCAUACGUCACCGCAGUCGGCGCCACGCAGCUCGAUGAAUCGAACAACGACCUCGCCGGAACACUCGAGUCUAACGGCCAGCCUGAAGUCGCUAUCAACUCAGUCGUCAAGUCCGGUGGAGGUUUCAGCGAGGUCUUUAGUGUCCCCGACUGGCAAAAAGACGUCGUAUCCAACUUCCUCAAGAACGCCGACCUUCCCUUUGGCAAGGAAAAAUUCAACAAUUCAGGCAAAGUCCGCGCUUUCCCCGAUAUCUCUGCCAACGGCCACAACUAUGCUGUUUAUACUGGCGGCGAAGUCGGUGCCGUCGACGGCACUUCCGCUUCUGCUCCCCUCUUCGCAUCCAUGAUUUCCCUCAUCAACGAGGAGCGGAUAAAGGCGGGUAAGAGCAGCGUUGGAUUCCUGAAUCCCGUGUUGUACAAGUAUGCCGAUAAAUACGCCCGCGAUAUCACGUCUGGAAGCAACCCGGGAUGCGACACGGAUGGAUUUGAGGCUGUUGAGGGCUGGGAUCCCGUGUCGGGUCUUGGGACUCCGGAUUACACAGGAUUGAAGGAUGUUUUCAUGAGUCUGGAUUAAAGGCUUGGGAUAUUCCUUUCCAUU